UUAGACAGUAGACGGUAGAAAAACAAGGAGUGUGGUCCGAAAAGAGACCGACACUCGGUGAGAAACUGUUUUAGACUGCUCAGCGGAUUGUAGCUUUAAGAUACUCUUUUUUUUUUUUUUUGUAUCUGUAUUUGUAUUUUUCUUCAACUUGUCACAUGCUAGUCAUGGCAUUUCUGAUCUACCUGACUUUACUGACAACAGCCGUCAUCACACAGGUGACUGCUAGCUGCCCGGCAGUGUGUGAGUGCCCAGAGGAGCCCUUGGUUUGCCCUCCAGGAGUUAGCACUGUGCCAGACGGAUGUGGGUGCUGCAAGGUGUGCGCCGCGCAGCUUAACCAGGACUGCAGCCCCAUGAGGCCUUGCGACCACCACAAAGGGCUGGAGUGUAAUUACGGCAAUGAUGUGGCCAUGGCCUGGGGCAUCUGUCGAGCUAAAUUAGAGGGACGCACAUGCGAGUACAAUGGCAGGAUCUACCAGAAUGGCGAGAGCUUCCGUGCCGGCUGUAAACACCAGUGUACCUGCAUCGAUGGCGCUGUUGGCUGCGCUCCUCUCUGUAGCAACAAGCUGCCACCGGCCUCUCCUUCCUGCCGCUACCCACGGCUGGUCCGGAUACCCGGGCAGUGCUGCUUCAGCGUGGACUGCCAUAAGAGCACCUGGCGGCUUCCACCUAAGCAUCAGGUGCCUCCACCACAACAACACCUGCCUAAACCUGAGCACCAUCCUGCCCCGCACCGGCCUGAGAAUGAGCUGGCCAACGAGCUUGCAGAAGUCAGGUCCAGCGGCUGGGAGAGUGAACAUGGCUACAAACACCUGCCUGCAUGGAACCAUCUGAAGGAGAAGAAGUGUGCAGUCCAGACCACAGAAUGGUCGCAGUGCUCCCGCAGCUGUGGGAUGGGCGUUUCUUCUCGCAUCACCAACAAGAACCCACAGUGCAAGCUGGAAAGAGAGACGAGAAUCUGUACCAUACGUCCAUGCCAUGGCCUAACUGCCCCAACCAAGAAAGGGAAGAAGUGCACCCCAGCCCAGAAAGCCCCAGAGCCCAUCCACCUGGCCUACGGAGAAUGUGUGAGUGUCCGCCUCUACCGGCCCAAUUACUGCGGCGUGUGUACGGACAGACGGUGCUGCUCGCCACGCCGCACACGCACUGUACCUGUCACCUUUGUCUGCCCAGACGGCGAGCGGUUCCAGAGGUCAGCCAUGUUCAUCCAGUCAUGUAAAUGCAGCGACGACUGCGGCCACCUCAAUGAAGUGGCCCUCCCUCCGCAGCACUGGAUGUACGGAGAUACACACAAGUUCAUAGACUGAGGAGGAAUUUUUAUUGUUUUACUGUGAUGAAGUAAAAUUUCUUAUUGAAGACACCUCAAGACUAGGGGCCCUUUCUUAUUUGGCUCCAACUGAGUGCGUGAAGACCACAGGCACCCGCCUGACUGCCAAAAUGCAGGCAGGAAGGGCCGCCUCGGAUUUAUUCACAACCAUAAAGGCUUAUUGUAAUAUUAUUGUGACCAGAGUGGAUUGUACACUUGCCUGCUCCUGUUCAAACAGACGUGGGACCUAAAUUAGAGCCCUGAAGCACCCCUGGACUUCCUCCACUCUGACUGAUUGCUGGUUCAAGUAUGGAGGAUUUUUCUUUUUCAGAGUAGCCUGAGAACAAGCAACAAAGCACUUUGUUUAGCACUGAAACUUUGUAACUAUAACUGACAGCAGUACACAAGGAUCACCUCACCUUUAACAACAGUCGCACAUACAGUGAUGGUGGAUGCCUCCAUAUCCCACAAUGCACUGUGACUAAUCAGUGACAAGCAAGAGUUAACUUUUGCAGCUUUAAGUAGAAAACUUAAGAGUAUGAAGCAAAAUGUGGACAAGACUUUUUUUUUUAUUCAAAAUAUAUUAAAUCAACAAAGCAUGUUGUGAACAGCACAGCACAGGGCAUCAAAAAGUACAUUUACACACACACUGAGGAAGGAUACUGUUCCCUUGUAAGACUGUAAAAUGAUAAGGAACGCUAUCUGGAACCGACAAGCGUUCAGCGUGGACUGGACCAAUGCCAAUGGAUGUCUUUGUGCAUUAAAUGCAGUUUUAGAGAAAUGUCUUACACAAACCUGUAUUUGAGAAUGUAUUUUGGAUCACACUGUAUUCUGUAAAUUUCUUUAUUUGGAUCCAAGUUUUUAUUGUCACAUUUAUAUACUUCUGUGGAUUGAGACACUACAGUGUAGCUGUCACAAGAUUUUGUUGGUCCAUCCAUGUGAUAAAACUGUCUGCUGAG